AUGCUCUGCACCCGUCGCGCCGGCGUGCCCAAGACACCCUACAAUCUCGGCAAAUUCGCUUAUCCGUGCUGUGUGGUGUCGAUCCUGUACUGCAUGACGGCAGUGGUUCUGAUCAUGAUUCCAUCCGUCUCUCCCAUUACCGCCUCCAACAUGAACUAUUCGAUCCUGAUCUUCUUCGUGUCGUUACUAGCCAUGCUGGUCGCCUGGCUAGCUGGCGCCAGGAAAUCGUACCGCGCACCCGUCUUGGAAUUCAUCGUCGGCUCAGUCUCUACUAUCGACGGCAAAAACGGACAUGAAAACGAAAACCAAAGCCAACAUGAAAACGACGCUGAUGCGCUGGGAAAACCUAAUCCCACCACCAUUGCCCUGGGAGAACAGUAG